CCUUCGAUGGUUUCAACUUGAAAAUGGCUAUGAUUGCGAAUGAUGUGCCGCCUGUCGUCAACACACUGCAAGACAUUCAGUCUAAAGUAAAUGAAGUGACUGAAAGCAUCAAAGCUGUGACAAAGAAAGUGGAGGAUGGAGACAUUGUCACUGCAAAGGGUAUCAGCUUCCUCGAAGUGAAGUAUCAUCUUCUACUCAGUUACCUCAUCAACCUCACCCACCUCAUGCUACAGAAGUCAACUGGGAACCAGAUAGAGGGACUGGUUGACAUCGAAAGGCUUGUGGAAAUUCGAACGGUUUUGGAGAAAAUGCGGCCAAUCGACCGGAAGUUAAAAUACCAGAUAGACAAAGUCAUAAAAACUGCUGUUACUGGAGCCCUAGAUAAUGACAAUCCUCUUAGAUUCAAGGCAAAUCCUGAAAAUAUGGUCAGCAAGUUCGGUGAGGAAGAGAAUGAGAGUGGAUCAGAUGAUGAUGAGGGAACAAGUAAAUCGAAGAAAUAUGUUCCGCCCAAACUGGCUUCAGUCUAUUAUGAUGGUGACGUAACACAGAAGGAUCGUGACGAGAUGAGACUUGCAAAAGCUCAGAAGAAGGCAUUAAGUGCAAGCAUCAUGGAAGAUCUGCGCAAUGAGUACCAUCACGGACCAGAAGAGGUCGCCAAUUCCGCUAUCGUUCAUUCAAGGAAACGAAAAAAUGAUAUGGAACACCAGCAGAAUUACGAAGAGGAUAAUUUCAUUCGUCUGUCAAUGACCAAACAGGAAAAGCAUGCACAACGACAAUCAGAAAUGUCAUCUGGUAUUGAUGGUAUCACAAAGUUCGGGAGUUUUGGAGCGCUAACGAUGACUGCAGCAGAUGUUGAGGGUGGUUCUGGACAGAAGAAGAGGAAACGUCUGUCAAAAGGAAAAGGCAGUAAGAAAGGUUCAAAGAAGAAGAGACGAUUCUAAUAGGACAUUUAAUCCAUGAUUUGGCUGUACAUUAGAUUAUCAUCAUUAAAAGUUGAUGUUUUAAAAUC